CGCCGCCCGCCGCCCGCCGCCGGCGCGACCGUCCCCGCAGGCCCUUCGUUUAGAAAGUGGAUGUGCGGGGUAACAUGUCCUGUGUGUCCGAGGAGAGAAGAAAAAGGCAGCAGAACAUUAAGGAAGGACUGCAGUUCAUACAGUCACCGCUGUCGUACCCCGGGACUCAGGAGCAGUAUGCGGUUUACUUACGUGCUCUUGUGAGAAAUCUUUUUAACGAAGGAAAUGAUGUUUAUCGGGAAGGUGAUUGGAACAACUCGAUAAGCCAGUACACAGAAGCUUUGCACAUAGCUGAUUAUGCAAAGUCCGAAGAGAUUUUAAUCCCUAAAGAAAUCAUUGAAAAACUACAUGUAAAUCGUAUUGCUUGUUACUCUAAUAUGGGCUUCCAUGAGAGAGUUCUAGAGGACUGUGAUACUGUCCUCAGCUUAAAUGCCAGUAACUGCAAAGCUCUCUAUCGGAAAUCCAAGGCCUUAAGUGAUUUAGGAAGAUGCAAAGAGGCUUAUGAUGCUGUAGCCAAGUGCUCCUUGGCUGUGCCUCAGGAUCAACAUGUAAUAAAAUUAACGCAAGAACUAGCUCAGAAAUUGGGAUUUAAAAUAAGAAAAGCAUAUGUCAGAGCUGAGCUCUCAUUAAAGUCAGUUCCUGGAGAUGGGUCUAACAAGGCUUUGAACUCUUCUGUGGAAGAUAUCGAGCCAGAUUUAUUAACGCCGAGGCAGGAAGCAGCACCUGUUGUUUCCAUACCUGCACCCAGUUUUUCUCACCAAGUCGGGAGCGAGCUGGCCUCUGUUCCUAUGAUGCCCUUAACGUCUGUGUUGCCUCUGCCAGUGGAGGAGAGCCCUCUGCCAUCCACGGCCUUGGCCAAUGGAGGAAAGAUCCCCUUCACAAUGCCGGAAGCUUUUCUGGAUGAUGGAGACAUGGUCCUUGGGGAUGAGAUAGAUGAUCUCCUUGAUUCUGCACCCAACACUGAUGAAACCGUUCUGCCUUCGGCCUUGGUCCGAGGACCCCUCCCAUCGGCCAGCGUCCCCCCUAGGCUGGCCUUCUCGGCCUCUCUGUUAGGCACCUUGUCCAUGGGUGCGAGGUAUGCUGGACCGCCCUCCCUUUCCGAAUUGUAUCCACCUUUGACUUCAUCCUUAGAAGAUUUUUGUUCUACUUUAAAUUCAUUUUCAAUGAAUGACUCCAAACGAGAUCUGUCCACCUCAACUUCUAGAGAGGGAACAUCGCUGAAUGACAGUGAUCCUUCCCUUUUACUUAUGAACGGACCUGGCAGUUUGUUUGCCUCCGAGAGUUUCCUGGGAAUUUCAAGUCAGCCUAGAAAUGACUUUGGAAACUUUUUUGGAAGCGUGGUGGCUAAACCGCUGGCGUCACUGGCCCCAAGACAUCCUCUCGAAGGGACCCACGAGCUGAGACAAGCUUGCCAGAUAUGCUUUGUGAAAUCAGGCCCUAAGUUAAUGGAUUUCAUUUACCAUGCUAAUACAGAUCAUAAGUGUAAGAAAGAUAUUUUAAUUGGUAGGAUAAAGAAUGUUGAAGAUAAAUCAUGGAAAAAAAUACGUCCAAGACCAACUAAAACAAAUUAUGAAGGACCUUAUUAUAUAUGUAAAGAUGUGGCCGCCGAGGAGGAGUGCAGAUACGCAGGCCACUGCACGUUUGCGUAUUGCCAAGAGGAGAUCGACAUCUGGACGCUGGAGCGAAAGGGCGCCUUCAGCAGAGAGGCUUUCUUCGGUGGCAACGGGAAGAUCAACCUCACUGUGUUCAAACUGCUCCAGGAGCAUCUCGGAGAAUUUAUAUUCCUUUGUGAGAAAUGUUUUGAUCAUAAGCCUAGAAUGAUAAGUAAAAGAAAUAAAGAUAAUUCUACUUCUUGUUCUCAUCCUGUUACAAAGCAUGAAUUUGAAGACAAUAAGUGCCUUGUCCAUAUUUUGCGAGAGACAACAGUAAAAUAUUCCAAAAUACGUUCUUUUCACGGUCAGUGUCAACUUGAUUUGUGUCGACACGAGGUCCGCUACGGCUGCCUGAGAGAGGACGAGUGCUUCUACGCGCACAGUCUCGUAGAGCUGAAGGUCUGGAUAAUGCAGAGUGAAACAGGUAUCUCCCAUGAUGCUAUUGCUCAAGAAUCUAAACGAUAUUGGCUCCAUUUGGAAACCUCCAUGCCUGGAGCACAGGUACUUGGCAAUCAAAUAAUGCCUGGAUCUCUUAAUAUGAAGAUAAAAUUUGUGUGUGCUCAGUGUCUGAGAAACGGCCAAGUGAUCGAACCAGACAAAAACAGAAAAUAUUGUAGUGCGAAAGCAAGGCAUUCGUGGACGAAAGAGCGGCGUGCGAUGAGAGUGAUGUCUAUUGAACGUAAGAAGUGGAUGAACAUCCGUCCUCUCCCCACAAAGAAACAAAUGCCUUUACAGUUUGAUCUGUGCAAUCAUAUUGCUUCUGGGAAAAAAUGUCAAUAUGUUGGAAACUGUUCCUUUGCUCAUAGUCCUGAGGAACGGGAAGUGUGGACUUACAUGAAGGAGAAUGGGAUACAAGAUAUGGAGCAAUUUUAUGAACUGUGGCUAAAGAGUCAAAAAAAUGAAAAAAAUGAUGAUGUAGCGAGUCAGUCAAACAAGGAAAAUGGGAAACAGAUCCACAUGCCGACGGAUUACGCGGAGGUCACUGUGGACUUCCACUGCUGGAUGUGUGGGAAGAACUGCAACAGUGAGAAGCAGUGGCAAGGCCACAUCUCCUCCGAGAAGCACAAAGAGAAGGUUUUCCACACCGAAGAUGACCAGUACUGCUGGCAGCACCGCUUCCCGACAGGAUAUUUUAGUAUUUGUGAUAGGUUUAUGAAUGGCACCUGCACAGAAGGAAGCAGCUGUAAAUUUGCCCAUGGAAACGCUGAACUUCAUGAGUGGGAAGAGAGGAGAGAUGCCCUAAAGAUGAAGCUCAACAAAGCAAGAAAAGAUCACUUAAUUGCCCCAAAUGAUAAUGACUUUGGAAAAUAUAGUUUUUUGUUUAAAGAUUUAAACUAAUAUGCUGGCUUUUAUGUAUGUAACCUAAUCAGAGCAUUGGCCAGAAAAAUUGGAAGUGUUCUAAGGCACCUAGCAGAGAGCUGCAGACUUUCUGCUUGUAUUGGCGUAUAUCGAACCUCCUGAGCAGCAACCCACAGUAGGUAGAAAAUGGGCUGUUUAACAGGUCUGGUCACGCUCUCACGGAACCAUUGGCAUCAUGUGGCCAAGUGACCGCUACCCGGCUGCCAUCUGUUGAACAGACUUUUGGGUGAAGAGUGUUGGGGAAAGAGGAUGAGGUUAUGUCUAGGAUGACUCCUGGAGUUGAGCCCUCAACUCCAGAAUCAUGAUGGUGAGAGAAUAAACACUUGUACUAGGUUCAGAACACAUGAUGGAUAAAAUUCUUUACAUGUUUUAAGUGGAACGAAUUUGUUUAAUAUAAUCAAGUUUGCUACUUAUCUGUAUGUAGGUUGCUAAAAAGGAUUUUCUUAACUCAGAUUUUAAGUCAAAUAACCAUUUAACACUAGUAUUAAGUUAAAUGGGGUAUUUUUCUGUAUUUGUAUGUUUCACUAUAAUAAAGGAACUGAGGAUAAUGUGCAUUGAGAUUUUUUGGAAAAUAAUCAGUUGAAUCAAAUUUUAUUUCUUAGUCUUUUGCUGUUUAAAUGAUUUUGAAAGAUUAAACUUGUACUGUUGGUUAUUGUGUAGUGUAUGGACCAAUAUUGCCCAUAAUAAAGAUUUUAUAUAUAGAUGUCU